UUGUUAGUUCCGGCGCGGCGGAGAGAAACCUGUUCUCUGGUUCCGGUUAAUUCUAAACGGACGUAGUUCGAUCUACUUAUAUUCUAGUCUUCAUAGCCCUUAUAUAUAGGGCUCGCUGCGUGCGAGGAGCUCGUAGUCCAUGCUUCAAAUCGACGUUCUGAGAUUGUGCGACAGCGCGAUUGUCGGCGCUACGAAAGUAUCUUUGACAGCUGAUUCUGUUGCACGUGCUUUACUACGAGAUAUCCGUCAAUAAUGGUUUACUAUUUUGCAAGUGAAGUUGUGCAACCACCCGUCACGUUGUUCAUGGGGAUUGACAAAUAUGAGAAUGAGGAUCUUAUUAAAUGGGGCUGGCCAGAAGACGUAUGGUUUCACGUUGAUAAAUAUUCGUCCGCCCACGUGUACCUCCGACUAGGACAUGGCCAGACGAUAGACGAUAUUCCUAGUACUGUGUUAGAGGAUGCCGCACAGUUGGUAAAGGCAAACAGCAUUGAAGGAAACAAAAUGAACGACAUUGACGUUGUAUACACAAUAUGGUCGAAUUUAAAAAAGACGCAAGGUAUGGAGGUCGGUCAGGUUGGCUUUCACAAGGACAAGGACGUUCGUAAGAUUCAUGUUGCCAAGCGAGUGAACACUAUUGUGAAUCGCCUUAACAAGACGAAACGUUCGGUGCAAGUCAACUUUCGUGCCGAGAGGGAACAAAGAGAUAGGAAUGAACGAGAGGACAAGAAGAAGCUCUUGAGGGAACAGAAAGAGAAAGAAAAGGCGGAGGAAAAGCGACGUCAGGAAGAAGCGGAGACGAGGAGUUACAAUUCCCUGUUCAAUGCAUCUAACAUGACUUCCAACACGGAAACCAGCGGAUAUGACUCGGACGAUUUUAUGUGAUAAAGCUAUACUUGUUUCUUUUGCCUUCUAUCUUCAGAUAAGAUGUUCGCGGAGAACAAAAUUCCAGAAUGAAAGAUGUAACGUGUCUCGUGUACAAUUAUUUAUUUGAUUUAUAACGACAUUCUUUUGCAAAUGUUGUAUUUGCAAAAUUGUAGACAUUUCUACGAAUCAAUGUACAUUACACCCAUCUGUAUAAUAGAA